GCGCUCACCUCUCCCUCGAGCAGGUCCAACUUCAAGAUGUUCAAAUCCUCUGCGUUCCUCGUGGCCUUGUUUGUUGGAUCGGCAUAUGCCGUUACUGCCCCGACCUUCGUUGCUCCUGCCGCUGGACCUCUUGUGCAGUCGACCAACUAUACGGGAUUAUCUAACAACACCUUGACCAAUUCCUCCUGGGUCGCAGGCAAAUCAUUUGACAGGUUUAUUCAGAUAUGGCUUGAGAACACGGACUUCAAUGUUGCGGCCUCUAGCCCUGUCUUCCAGGAGCUCUCGAAGGAGGCUAUUCUCCUCUCGGAGCUGUUCUCUGUCACCCAUCCUUCGGAGCCAAACUAUAUUGCCUCUCUUGGCGGAGAUUUCUUCGGACUGGGAGAUGACGACUACUACCACAUACCCUCAAAUAUCAGCUCCAUCAUUGAUAUUCUCGAGGAUGGGGGUAUCUCCUGGGCAACGUACAGCGAAAAUCAGCCUACCGAUGGUUAUGGCGGGUUCAAUUUCUCGUCCGUGAACUACGGUAAUUCCUCGGCAGCCGAUUAUGCCUACUAUGUUCGCAAACAUACGCCGUCAACCAUUUUCGACUCAGUCGCGGCCAACACUAGUCGCACCAACAAAAUACGUAACUUCAACGACUUCGCCAACGACGUUGUGAACGGAUCCCUUCCUCAGUGGAUAUUCGUCACUCCCAACAUGGUGAACGAUGCUCAUGAUACGACCAUCGACUACGCUAGCAGUUGGUUAUCGUAUUGGUUGAUCCCUUUGCUCAACGACACCAGAUUCAAUGAUAACAAGACCUUAAUCCUGUUGACCUUUGAUGAAAACGAGACAUAUGGCGUUGAAAACCGCGUCUACUCUCUGCUGCUCGGCGGCGCCGUCCCUUCGUCCCUCAAGGGCACAACGGACAGCACAUUCUACUCCCAUUAUUCCUCUCUGAGUACCGUGGAGGCAAACUGGGACCUGCCUGCUUUGGGCCGUGGUGAUGUUAACACGACUAUGAAUAACGUCUACGAGUUUGUCGCCAGCACAACCGGCUGGACGAACACGAACGUUACUGACAAGCCUUUGCUCAACUUGACUGGCAUCUUUGCUGGCCCUCUCAAUGUCGAAAUGUACCUUCCAUUCACCGCUCCCAACCUGACCGCCAAGGGAGCCGGCAACGGCAAGAUCUUCACUUCCCCAUUCCUCAACACCUCCAUCACCGCCUCCAACGUCGGAAACUCCGUCAAUCUGACCGCUUCGGGCGUGACGAACCCGUGGGUCAUAAGCACCAAUGCGGUUACUUCAAACACUACCUCGAGCUCCAGCUCGUCGACGUCUUCGAGCGCCACAGAGGCUGUCGUGCUCAAGACCUCUGUGCUCGGUUUGUUUACCGUUGCUGCUGGUGUUUUUGCUGGUGUUGUUUUGGUGUAGGCGGUAUUGGGCUUCAGUGGUGCACUCUUAAGAAUUGAUUUUCAUCGUCGAUGACCCUACCGUUGGACACGUAUUCGCUGAGUUGGAAUACAAUACGACGCGCUUCCUUCUCCGCUGUAGCAAUUUCCCUGCAUCCAAG